UUGCGUGCCCGUCUAAUAGUUUCUGGUCUAUCUUCUCUAUCCUUUUGUUUCUUUUUCCCUCGCGUAUUUUCUUGGGAAACAAACAGAAAACUAGCGCAUUGCCUAGAUCAUAUUGGACGAGGCCAAGGAAGAGAGAGAAAGAGCUUUUUCAUCUUCGCUUUCCAAGCUAAGCUCUCAUGGAUUCCAUGGCGGCGCAACGUCGGAUCAAAGCCAUUAAUGGCCACCUCGUCACGGCUGGGGAUUCUCAGUCCCUUCUCCGUCUAAACCCUACCGCCGGCGAGUUCCUCUCCGAGCAAGGCUACAGUGUCGUACUUCCAGAGAAGUUGCAGACAGGAAAGUGGAACGUGUACAGAUCUGCACGUUCUCCUUUGAAGCUUGUGAGUAGAUUCCCUGAUCAUCCUGAAAUUGGUACACUGCACGACAAUUUUCUGCGCUCAGUUGACACUUUUCGAGACUACAAAUAUCUGGGAACACGUAUUCGCGUAGAUGGAACAGUUGGAGAGUACAAAUGGAUGACAUAUGGAGAGGCAGGGACUGCUCGGUCAGCUAUAGGUUCUGGCCUAAUAUAUCAUGGAAUACCAAAGGGAUCUUGCAUUGGGUUGUACUUUAUCAACAGACCUGAAUGGAUCAUUGUUGAUCAUGCGUGUUCUGCAUAUUCUUAUAUCUCAGUUCCUUUAUAUGACACUCUUGGUCCCGAUGCUGUCAAGUACAUUGUCAAUCAUGCCGUUGUUCAAGCUAUAUUUUGUGUUCCUCAGACAUUAAGUUCGUUAUUGAGCUUCUUGUCAGAUAUUCCAACUGUACGCCUAAUUGUGGUUGUUGGAGGAAUGGAUGAUCAAAUACCAUCACUUCCAUCAUCAACUGGGGUUGAGGUUUUAACAUAUUCGAAGUUGCUUAGUCAGGGCCGCAGUAACCUUCAGCCUUUUUGCCCCCCAAAACCUGAUGAUAUUGCAACCAUUUGCUACACUAGUGGCACAACUGGGACCCCCAAGGGAGCUGUCUUGACUCAUGGAAAUAUUAUUGCAAAUGUUGCUGGGGCAAGUAUUGGUGUCAAAUUUUACCCCUCAGACGUUUACAUAUCAUAUCUUCCUUUGGCACACAUUUAUGAGAGAGUCAACCAAGUCAUGACGGCACAUUUUGGAGUUGCUGUUGGAUUCUAUCAGGGUGAUAAUCUGAAAUUAAUGGAUGACAUGGCUGCUCUGAGGCCUACUAUCUUUUGCAGUGUUCCUCGGCUCUUUAACAGAAUUUAUGCUGGGAUAACAAAUGCUGUGAAGACAUCUGGCGCACUAAAGGAAAGGCUGUUCAAUGCUGCCUACAACGCAAAGAAGCAAGCAAUAUUAAAUGGAAAAAAUCCAUCUCCUAUGUGGGACAGAUUAGUAUUCAACAAGAUAAAAGAUAAGCUUGGAGGAAGAGUUCGUUUCAUAGUAUCUGGAGCCUCACCAUUGUCUCCUGAUGUCAUGGACUUUCUAAAGAUUUGCUUCGGUGGUCGAAUAGCUGAAGGAUAUGGAAUGACUGAAACUUCUUGCGUUAUAAGUUCUAUGGACGAGGGUGACAACCUAUCUGGUCAUGUCGGUUCUCCUAACCCAGCUUGUGAAAUAAAACUUGUGGAUGUUCCGGAAAUGAGCUAUACAUCUGGGGAUGAACCGUAUCCUCGAGGUGAAAUCUGCGUGAGGGGUCCAAUUAUUUUCCGUGGUUAUCACAAAGAUGAAGCACAAACGAGGGAAGUUAUAGAUGAAGAUGGAUGGCUUCAUACUGGGGAUAUUGGGUUGUGGUUACCAGGAGGCCGUCUGAAAAUUAUUGACAGGAAGAAGAACAUAUUUAAGCUGGCACAGGGAGAGUAUAUAGCUCCGGAAAAAAUUGAGAACGUUUAUGCAAAGUGCAAAUUCGUUGGGCAAUGCUUUGUGUAUGGUGACAGCUUUAAUUCAUCCCUGGUAGCAAUUGUCUCUGUGGAUCAAGAUGUAUUGAAAGCGUGGGCUGCUUCUGAAGGAAUUAAGUAUCAGGAUUUACACCAACUAUGCAAUGAUCCAAGAUCAAGGGCAGCUGUCUUGGCUGAUAUGGAUGCUAUUGGAAGAGAAGCUCAGUUGAGAGGUUUUGAAUUUGCAAAAGCUGUGACCCUUGUACCCGAACCAUUUACAAUGGAGAAUGGUCUGCUCACUCCAACAUUCAAGAUCAAGAGACCUCAAGCGAAGGAAUUUUUUGCGACAGCGAUUUCAAACAUGUACGCGGAGCUCACUACUUCUGACCCCUCGCCUUAGAAAUUGUUGUGAUAAGUGGAAUUAAUGAGAAGCAACUAUACAGAGGCUUAGCGGGAAAAGGCAAAAGAAAAUGUGAGGAGACAAAAGAGAAGCAGCUAAAACUGUGGAACAUGAGUUCCAAAGGGAGCGUUGUAAAACUGGCUCCUUCCUUUGAUGUCAUCUUUGUAGAUGACAAAUAAUUAUAAGUUAUGGGGAAAUCAUCUCCCUCUUAUAACUGUAUAAUUUUUUGUUUCCAAAAUAAAAUUAUGAU